CAAGGUCACGUUGUCGGUAGCACGCGCGUUCUUAACUGUGUUCACCCGUGAUUUCCUCACCACGAACGAGGCUUGUCUACGAGGUCUGUAUGAAUGUGUUUAACUGGAAAAUCCAACAACACAACCGGAUCGCGCCUCAUCCGAUUGAGCUCGUAAAAACUGCGCCAAAGAUGAGUCGUCUACGCGUCACGUGGAGAUGAUGAAACGGAUUCAGGGCUCGGGGGAAAUAAUAUUUCAGCCGCUCGCACAAGUAAAAAUGAUCCGGUUACCCAGAGUUAUUUGAUUCGCAACAAUAAUAAUACUCAUUUAAAAAAUAUAAUAUAUAAAAAUAUAUAUACACGGCGCAUUUGGACUCAGUUCAUAUAAGCCCCGCUGGUGAUGCGGUCACAUGAUUCCAAGUAUAAUAGGUGAAACUUUAAAAAAAAUGCCUCGUCGCGCUGAAUAGAUAGAAAGACACACCCUUGCUCUGAUGCCCAACCAAUCAACCACCAUCCGGGAUCGCGUCUUGCCUGUGGGUCGCCACACGCCCCGCGCAGCCACAGUAUGGAGAGACCGACGCAGGGGUGGACGCGGUCUGUCUCAACUAAGCGAGCAGACCUGCUAAGUGCGCAGUGACAGAGGGGUGAAAAAAGAAGGAAGGAAGGAAGGAAGGAAGGAAGGGAGAAAAGAAAAAAAAAGGAAAAGGCGAACUGACAACUUUGCUGAUUGACGAGUAUCAACGCCGUGUGCGCUUUUUCUUUUCUUUUUUUCUCUCCUCACAGAACGUCACCCCGGCCAAUGCUCAAGUUGCACAUAGGAGUAGAUUACAAGUUUCCAAUGGACAGACGCUUGGAGACGGCUGGCGCAACGAGCAUGGACUUAUUUUUGUAAUGUGGAUUGCUAUUCCCUUGCAAGAAAAUAAAAGUCCGCCGCGGAACAAUGUGGGACGUUUUUCGUCUUGGAUUCUCUUUUUUCUGGAUAUCUUGAAAAUCAUUGGCAACAGUUGAGAAAAAGGGAAGAAGUUAUGCGCAAAGGAUUGUAUGCUCCGACCCCGGGACCAUCAUGGAUCUGCCAUUACAACCCCCUGCCCCUUAUUUAGAGAAGUUUUAACCGGUCCACUUGUGUUGCUGUUUUACUUGUGGUUUGUGAACUUCACGUUUGAAGAACAAAAAUCGCCACUUCGGCCCCUUGGAUUUUAAAACGUCGCCUGCCUGUGGAUUGGAUUUCAAACAUGAACUUUAUUGACAGUUUGACACUAUUAUUUUUGACGCUGUCAGCUGUCAAGAGCGCCCACAUACCGAAGGGAACGGAACGAGGUCCACAUGACGUGAUCCCACUAAUGGAGGUGUUCAACAAGAGUUUGUGUCAGCCUCGAGAGCUGCUGGUGGAGAUUCUGCAGGAGUACCCGGAGGAGGUGGAGCACAUCUUCAUCCCGUCCUGCGUGGUGCUGACGCGCUGCGCCGGCUGCUGCAACGACGAGAUGCUGCAGUGCAUGCCGACGUCCACCUACAACGUCACGAUGGAGAUCAAAAGAAUAAAACCCCUAGUGCAACAAAAUGAUAUUUUACUGAGUUUCACAGAGCACAGCGCAUGUGAGUGUAGGUCAAAGAAAGAAGUGACGGAACAGAGAGAAAAAAAAUCCCGGAAGGGCAAAGGCCAAAAGGGAAAGCGAAAGAAAAACCGCGACAAAACUAUUCCCGACGCCACAAUUCCCGACGCUGUGUGUGAGCCGUGUUGCGACCACUGCUCGGAGAAGAGGAAGCGCCUGUUCGUGCAGGAUCCGGCCACCUGCCGGUGCUCCUGCAAGCACACGGACGCCAUCUGUAAAGGACGCCAGCUCGAGCUCAACGAGAGGACCUGCAAAUGCGACAGGCCGAGGAGAUGAGAUCGGUGGCACCACCAGAUGUACAAGAUGAAGGAAUAUUAGAGAUAUUUCACAGCACAGCACUUUGACCUUUGAACCAUAAGCUCUUCUUUUCUGUGGAAAGCAUUCCCCCCCCCUGGACUGUCUUGAGAGUGAACACUUAAGAAAAGACUGAACUGAAGUUUCCUCCCACUGUAUAUCUGUGUGUAAAUAGAACAUGAUAUAAGUAAAGAAUUGUUUUGCUGCUACAAAAACAAAAAACAAAUAACUAAACCCAUCAUCUGACAAAAAAGCAAAUAGAUGUGGAUGUGGUUUUGCAUUUCUAACAGGCUUGUGACGCAGAUGUAGUCCUUGUUGUGAAUUUCAUCGUAUACAAUUACUUCACUGGAUACGAGUCUCUACUGUGAUUGAUGUGUCAGUCACAAAGUUGCAGAAUCUCUCCACGUGAGACGUUUUCAACUGUUGAAACCGGCUCGAAAAAAGACGGACGGACGGAUGGAUUUUCAUUGGUCGAUUUCUCCUCUUGUUUUUUUCGGGGGGGGGGGGGGGUUUGAGCAGCGGGACAACCCGGGAGGGACAGAGGAAUCCUGUCUUUUACCGUGACACCCCAGGACUGACGUGAACUCGCGCACACACAAUGGGCCCACCCCCCCCCCAUCGUGAUCCGCCCCCCCCAGCGUGCCACCUGCUUUCAAAAGGGAUGCCGGUUGUCGUCAACGUGGCAUCUGCUGCUUUCGCUGUGUCCGUCACACGAAAAAAACCACUGAAAACAUCUUAUACUGUAGUUUGAUUCCAUUUGAAAACAACAACAAACAAAAAAACUGUGCCUCACGAUGUGUACUGAGAAAUCUUUUUCGAGUGCUUUUUAAAUUAUUUUGUUUGUUUUCUUUUUUUUUUUUUUUCAGGAGAGGGGACUGUCACCCCGUUGAUGACUUCAUCUCCGAACUUGUACAUACUUAAUAUCCCUUUAUGCCAUAGUCCAUUUUAGAUAAUUUAUAAUGUUAUAGAGUAUUUUGCAGUAUUCAUCCUUCUACCCAUAUUUAAUUUGGUUUAUUUAUAUAUGCAGUGUUAUGUUCCUGUGGCUGUCCUAUCUCUCCCCCGCCAUGUGUAAGGUCACUGAUGGCUUCUCUCAGCGUGGAGCCGCUCCAACGACGAUUUGUUAACAUUCCCUUAAAUGGAUCAUUUGUACUGGUGCACCAGUGAUGACGUCUCCUCUGGAUGUUUCAACCCCCCCCCCCCCCAACCUGGGGGUGGAGAGCGGGUGCUGUGCGGGACUUUUCAACAUGCGCAUUUUGUGGAAAUGUGCGUGUGUGGGGGUGUUAUUUAGUUGUGUUUUUUUUUUUUUUUUAAAGAAAGUAGCAGUGAACUACUGCUCAGCACGCUGCAGCACUCCACCCUCCCACGAUGACGCCUUCUGAAACAACCACAAGAAAUUUGGAUUCCGAUCCGCGUCAUUUCUGCCAUCAGUUAUUGACCGCUCAUUAUUAAGUUCCCUUUGUCUCUCCUUCACUAUUAACAUCUGUGUCUAUGUAAAGCAGUAAAGCAUAUUUAUUUUCAAAUUAUAUUGUUUUUAUAUAAAAUAAGGAAAAGGUU